ACGGCAUCAGAUUUCAGUACCAUGCGGAUAGUCCUAUAUCUAGCCGAUGCGCUAGCCGAUUCGCUAGCCGAUGCGCUAGCAUCUUGACUUCAAUCCAAUUGAUCCCAGAACCCUCACGAUGCACUUUUUUCUCCUUUGACAAUUCUCACAACAUACGCAACUUACGUCAUGGCUUCAACCGCCCCCCAACCGCCAAAAAUGACACUGCUGUACCACAUGGAAGUCCAGCUCGGCGAACGCUUUUCACUAGGUCCUGUGCCGAACGGACAAGAGCGCAUUGUGAUUCCGAUUGUGGGAGGCACAUUCAAAGGUCUCAAACUAUCCGGCAAAGUCCUCAACCUCGGCGCUGACUGGCGUCUCACUGACGUGGACGGGAAGAUCCGCCCCGACGCGCGGUACAACAUCCAGACCGAUGACGGGACAUGGAUUUACGUGCAGACUGAGGGGCCAACUCAGUCGGAUGGGAGGACGUUACUGAGAGGAAAGUUCGAGACGGCGAAGAAUGGGGCGUAUAAUUGGUUAAAUGAUAUUGUUGCCGUGGGUGUGCUGACAAGAAAUGGGACGAGCGGAGUGGUGAUUGAUAUGUGGGAGGCGAACGCGCCGUGAUUGAUGGAGGGUGAGGUCAGUGGGUUCAUGUGG